AAUCUCCACAACAAACCUGUUUCAAACUUCCAAUGAUUUCCGGACGAAUCCACGGCACAUGCGCAAAACUCCGCUGCCUUAUUGAGCUACUAGAAUUCACGUUCGCGCACCAAUCGUUCCGUCCGCACGUUAUUGCUACAACAAGUCGCUAUCAAAGUCAUCGUGGAUAACGCGACGUUUCGUGCAUCGCCUCUGAGUUCGAGCGUUCAUUCUUCCACAUCUGCGUCCAACAAUUUCCAAGCAUUCCUCAGCACACCUAGAGCCACGCCGUGUCUUAUGUAUUACGUUGUCUCGCUGAAACAGUCGCGCUGUCUCCCGCUAAAUCUCUAACCUUGAAGAAACUUACCGCUAAAAGCCUUUUAGAACAGAUCCCGAGGCGCGCUUGCUUGGAGAAGCACGUCGAGCAUUUUCACUACUAGUAGCUCUUCUCACUCAGCUUCAUCAUCGCGAUGAGUCGCGGAUUCACUGAUUCCAAUUCGACCGCUGUUGCCGCCUCCGCGGACCCACGAGGCCGCUCGCCGCACAGACCGCCGCGAAGCGCGUUGAGUCCUUCCGCUAAGCUGAGGCGGGGCUUGGCGCGCGACGGCGCCCAUAGGAUGCAGAGUUGUCUCCUUCUCGCGGCGCUCCUGACGCUGCUUUUCCCGAGCCCCCCCGCCGUGGACAGUGCUGCAGGACCCGCCGUACCCAUAGACGCGCUACAAGGUCAAGUGCUCGCUGAGUGUGUCGGGGCAUGGGGAGUGGCGCCUGCAGGGUGGAGCGGAGGGGGGGACUGCAGCCAAGCGCAAGGGCUGACGUGUGACAGCAAUGGCAUGGUGGUGGCAAUCGAUCUGAGCAACACUCCAUUGGGCGGCCGCAUACCCGAAGAGAUUGGCAGCCUCACCUCGCUCACCUUCCUCAACCUCGCUAACUGCUCCCUGAGUGGCUACAUUCCCAUCUCCUUCAGUGCUCUCACCUCCCUUUCUCUUCUCGACCUGAGCCACAACAGCCUGUGGGGCACCACGCCCUCUCACCUGGGUCUGCUGAGCAGCCUGAGGCGCCUGGACCUGAGCGUCAGUUCUCUGCAUGGCUCCAUUCCGGCCGGCCUUGGGAUGCUGCCCAAGCUGCGCUUCCUGGACCUCUCGUCCAACUACUUCGAUUCAUCCGUGCCUGCCUCCCUGGGCCAACUCAGGACCCUCACCACUCUUGACUUGAGGAACAACAGCUUGAGCGGCCGCGUGCCUUGGACUCUUGGCUUUCUCACGAGACUCAAAGUCAUGGACUUGUCUGAGAACGGCUUCUCGUCCUCCAUCCCGUCGUCCCUCGGCCUCUUGACCCGACUCACAACCCUCAAUCUGUCUGCCUGCUCGCUGAUGGGCACGGUUCCCAGCAUGCUCAGCUACCUCACUCGCCUCUACGCCCUCGACCUGAGCUCCAACGCCCUGAAUGGCACGCUGCCUCGCUUGCGCAAGUACAGCCUACUCACGCGCCUCGACCUCAGCGCCAACAGCUUCCAGGGCACCGUGCCUCGAGGGGUGGGCAAGCUGCAGCGCCUGCAGCACCUCGACCUGAGCGUCAACCAGCUGAACGGCACUCUGCCCAAGGGGCUCGGUAGAAUCACCCUCCUCUCCCACCUUGAUCUCAGCAUGAACUCUUUCAACGGCACUCUGCCUGACGGACUGGAACAGCUUACUGCUCUCACGUACCUCAACUUCUCCUCCAAUCUGCUCAACGGGUCCAUCCCAUCCUCCUUUGGCGGUUUCUCCCACCUCCUCUACUUUGACGUCAGCUACAACGGCCUCAAUGGAUCGCUCCCAGUCUCCUUCAGCAGACUCUCGGCACUCAAGCACCUGCAAGUUGCCAACAACCAGUUGAACCAAACUCUGCCAGCCAGCAUCAGCAAUCUCAUCAGCCUCACCAACCUCAACAUCUCCAUCAACUUCAUCAACGGCACUCUCCCUGCCACCAUCAGCACCCUCACCAACCUUGUCGCGCUGGACGUUCAUUUCAACAGCAUGAACUGCUCCUUCCCAUCGUAUAUAAGCACACUCACCAAGCUCACAUGGCUUGACAUGAGCGACAACAAGUUCUGGGGUCCCAUUGGAGAAACCAUAGGCACACUCACUGACCUUGAAUUCUUGAGUGUGGGGUGGAACCCAUAUCCCGAUGCCAGCACGGCCAUCAACGGGUCCAUCCCCAGCAGCAUUGGCAACUUAAUCAACCUCAAAUACCUGAACCUGGCUGGCAACAAGAUCAAUGGCAGCAUUCCAGAGAGCAUGACAAGGCUGAAAAGGCUCGAGUUCUUCUCCAUGGCGUUUGGCAAAAUGAACGUUGAUCUGCCAGACUUCAUUUCCGAGCUCACAGCUCUCACAGACAUUGCGCUGCGCAGCAAUCAAUUCACGGGGUCGAUCCCAAGCAGCCUCGGCACUCUCUCCCACCUGAAGCGUCUGGAGCUGAGCUACAACCAGUUCAACGGUACGGUGCCGGCAUCGAUAGGCAACCUGCACAACCUCACAGAGCUGUGGCUGCGUGACAAUGUGCUCAAUGGCACCAUCCCAAGCUCAUUCGGCCAGCUCACUAACCUUGUUGCCUUGGAGUUCCGCAACAACGACAUGAGCGGCACCAUCCCUGCGUCCUUCUUCAACCUCACCCGCCUCACCAGACUUGACAUGAGCGUCAACGGCUUCACAGGCCCACUGCACUCCGGCUUUGGGAGGCUUGGCAGCCUUCAGAUCAUGGACGUGAGUAACUGCCAGUUCUCGGGGUCCCUCCCAGAAAGCAUUGGGCGGCUCUCCAACCUCACUGUCAUGUGGGUGGCCACCAAUGCGCUGAGCGGCACGGUGCCCGAGGCAUGGAGCAGCCUCACGCAGCUUCGCACCCUGGGCAUGUCAAACCUUGCGCUCACCGGCACACUCCCAGCUGCACUCCUCAACCUCAAGAGCCUCACGCAACUGCGCUUAAGCAGCACCCGUUUUGACGGCUCCAUCCCGACAGGCCUCUUCCAGCUCACCAACCUCACUGCCAUAGAGUUUGACAACGCAUCCUUCUGGGGCUCCAUACCGUCUGAAAUCAGCAACUUGGUGCAUCUGGUGCAGCUUAGUGCCAGCUUGAACCAGCUCAAUGGCACUGUGCCAGCGUCCAUCGCACAACUCAAGAACCUUACAGCCCUGAAUCUGGGUGACAACCGCUUGACUGGCUCCGUCCCUGCCGGGCUUGGAGCCCUGACUGGCUUGGCGAGCCUCAAGCUCCACAACAACAGCCUCGCUGGCGCCAUUCCUGCUGCGCUGGGACAGUGCAUUGCGCUCGAGCACCUCACUCUGGGCGGCAACGCCCUCACGGGCACCUUUCCUCAGGCCCUCUCCAGCCUUGCCAGCCUUACCUUCCUGGAUCUGAGCAACAACUCGCUCUCUGGCUCCCUUCCUGCUGCCAUCAGCUCACUCAGCUCCCUCACCAUCAUGUACUUGCACAGCAAUAGGUUUGAAGGAUCGUUGCCCAGUCUCCCAUACAAUGUGUCAACACUCGACCUCAGCAGCAACGGCUUCACAGGAGGCCUGCCGCCGAACUUGGCGCAGUUCAGCAGCCUUGCCUCGCUGAAUAUCAGCAGCAACAUGCUCUCUGGCCCCUUGCCUUCAGCACUCAGCAAUCUCUUGGCCCUUACAUCCCUCAACAUGAGUGCCAACCAGUUCUCAGGAGCCAUCCCACCGGCCCUCGAGGCCCUCACGGGCCUGCAAUGCCUGGAACUGGGUGGCAACUCUCUCAGUGAGAGCAUUCCAGAUUUCCUGAGUGUGCUCACGCCGCUGCAGAGGCUCAAUCUCAGCAGCAACUCGCUCUCUGGCACUCUAUCUGCAUCCCUGGGAGCCCUGGCGGGGUUAACUUGCCUUGACGUCAGCAGCAACCAACUGUCCGGGUCUAUCCCAUCUGCUGUCAGCAGUCUCACCAUGCUCGUGCACAUGGACAUGAGUCGGAACAGCAUCUCAGACUCCAUCCCCUCCAGCAUCGGCCGCCUCAAAGCACUCACCUCCCUGAACCUCGGUCGCUCAAGCCUCACAGGACCCAUCCCUGACUCGCUCACUUCACUCUCCAACCUGCUGCUCCUGGAUCUGAGCUACACUGGAGUGGCUGGCUCUGUGCCGUGGGGCAUCAAUCGCCUCGGCCAGCUGCAAGCAUUGUACGGCACCCCCAGCAUCGUCUGCAAUGACAAUGCCACCUGCCCUGCCGCCCCUGCACCAACCACCAGCCCUUUGCCGCCACCGCCGGCCAAUAGCACGUCGCUAGCUGGCACCGACUCCAGCACUCCCGGGUCUGCUAAUGCGUCUGUGCCCAACACUACCUGCCACGUGUGCCAGAGCUACUGCAUCGGCUGCACCUACGAUUCCUCAGCCUCUUCUCCCACUGCCAGCAGCGCCCUGUCACCGGGAGCCAUAGCCGCCAUUGUGGUCGCUGCACUUGUCGCCCUCAUUGCCCUCGCUAUCCUCCUCUGGCUCUGCUUCCGCCGAACCAAACCAGCGUGCAAGCAGUACUCCCUGGAGGAGAUACAGCAGGCCACCAACUUCUUCUCAGAGGUCAACCUGAUCGGCUCAGGCGGCUUCAGCGACGUGUACAAGGGCGUGGACCCAAACAACCCAUCAGUUAUUUGGGCGGUUAAGAGGGCGACGAUGCUCAGCAACGACUUCAAGAAGGAGGUGGCAGCCAUGGCACGUCUGCAGCACCCAUGCCUGGUGCCGCUGCUGGGGUACUGCAUCGACUACAACGAGGCCAGCAAGCAGAUGGAGCAGAUCAUCGUGUCGCAGUUCAUGCCCAACGGGGACCUCUCGCACUGGACCAAGCCAGGUGCCAAGGCCAUCUCUUUUCGCCAGCGCAUGGCAGUGCUCAUUGACGUGGCGGGCGGGCUGAGGUACCUCCACAGCCGUCGGAUCGUGCACCGCGAUGUGAAGCCCGCCAACGUGCUGCUGGAUGCACAGAUGCAGGCGAAGGUGGCGGACUUCGGCUUCAUGAGGAUGAUGGAGGCGACCACUGUGAACCCCACGCGGGUGAUGGGCACACCGGGCUAUGUGGACCCCGAGUACCACCAGACGCACCUCGCCACAACUGCCACUGACGUGUACAGCUUCGGAGUGCUGAUGCUGGAGCUGCUGACCGGCCGGGAGCCCAUGCUGUCCGUGGAUGACUCGCACUCGCACAUCCGAGACUGGGCGGCAGCCGAGCUCUCCAGCGGCAACAUCAGCGCCAUAACAGAUCCCCGCAUGGUCUCUCCUUCUGCCUCUGGCGUCAGCAUGGUGUCUGAUGACGUCAUGCAGCGCCUCAUAUCCCUGGCCAUGGCAUGCACUGCCGUGCCCGCCGCCUCGCGCCCGUCCAUGGCCAAAGUGCUCUCAGAACUUCAGAAGAUCCGCAAGGAGAUGGGAGGGGAGGAGGAGGGUGAGUCCAGAGGAGUGGGAGCGGGCAUGGGGGGAGUGGGAGGGGUGGUGCAGGGGAAGUGGUGGAGCCCUGCAACUGGGGUGUCGGUGGGGAGUGUGAGUGCGAUAACGGCUGUGAGGGACACGGUGGGCAGCUUGGAGGGGAAUGAGAGCUCCAGUGCUGGCGAGGGGACGAGUGGGAAGGCGAGUGGGAGCGUGGCUGGUCAUGGGAAGUGAAGGGACGGCGCUUGUGUAAUCUAGAUGAAGUGUGUACAUAUCAUAUGGUAGGUUCACUAGUACCGGUAGGAGACAUUCGUGCGCGACAGAUUGGGAGUUCAUCUAGGAAUCUGAAGAUGGGAGAUUUUACUGAUGUCAUACAUGCACAGAAUACUGUACCAUACCUGCAGCACAACAAGGAAUCCUCAAUCCAUGGCAGUUCACUAUUGAAUCACAUUUUGACAC